UCCAGAGCCCAGGGUAGGGUCCAGCGAGCCCUGCUGGGGUCUGGCCAUGGGAAAGCCAAGGCCAGGUCCUGGAUGUGCAGACAGGUGGACCUGCCCUCCCCACCACACGCCCAGGCUGCUGGAGUGCGCUUUGCGUCUGCAGACCCCCAGGCUGUGGAAAGCGCGGCGGUGAUGGUGCCGAUCGACAGGCUGACGUCGGCUCGCAAAUUCAGUUCCCACGUUUGCACGCGCAGUGGUGCUGGGAAGGUGUCGGAGUGUGAAGGAGUUUGAGAAGCUGAAUCGAAUUGGGGAAGGGACCUAUGGCAUCGUGUACCGUGCUCGAGAUACCCAGACGGAUGAGAUUGUGGCACUAAAGAAGGUGCGGAUGGACAAGGAGAAAGAUGGAAUCCCCAUCAGCAGCCUGCGGGAGAUCACUCUGCUUCUGAAGCUUCGGCACCCCAAUAUCGUGGAGUUGAAGGAGGUUGUUGUGGGGAACCAUCUGGAGAGUAUUUUCCUGGUGAUGGGUUACUGUGAACAGGAUCUCGCCAGCCUUCUUGAGAACAUGCAGACGCCCUUUUCUGAGGCUCAGGUGAAGUGUAUCAUCUUACAAGUACUCAAGGGCCUUCAGUAUCUUCAUGAGAACUUCAUCAUCCAUAGGGAUCUGAAAGUGUCUAAUCUGCUCAUGACCGAUAAAGGCUGCGUGAAGAUAGCGGAUUUUGGGCUGGCUCGUGCUCACGGUGUGCCACUAAAACCAAUGACCCCUAAAGUCGUCACUCUCUGGUACCGGGCCCCAGAGCUGCUGCUGGGAACGACGACCCAGACCACGGGCGUAGAUAUGUGGGCAGUGGGAUGUAUCCUCGCGGAAUUGCUGGCCCACAAGCCGUUACUCCCAGGCAGCUCGGAGAUUCACCAGAUUGACCUGAUAGUGCAGCUGCUGGGGACACCCAAUGAAAACAUCUGGCCAGGCUUUUCCAAGCUGUCCCUAGUGAGCCAGUACACCCUGCGGAAGCAGCCUUACAACAACCUCAAGCACAAGUUCCCAUGGCUGUCGGAGGCUGGGCUUCGCCUGCUCAACUUCCUCUUCAUGUAUGACCCCAAGAAGAGGGCGACAGCGGGAGACUGUCUGGAGAGUUCCUACUUCAAAGAAAAGCCCUUGCCCUGUGAACCGGAGCUCAUGCCCACCUUCCCCCACCACCGCAACAAGCGAGCUGCUCCCGUCAGCGCCGGGGCGGAGAGCCAGGGCAAGCGCAGCAAGCCCUGAGGCUGCACGUUCUGCCGGAUAAGAACUAUCUUCUCUCUCCCCUGGAAUCGGACCAGCAGUGACCCAGCCCUACUGCAACACAACAGGGGAGGCAUAAGCCUCUCAAUUCAGGAUGAACUGAGUGCUUAGGAGAGUGCAGGGCAGAAGCCCCUGCCCCAGCUCCGCCAGCGCCUCAGCCCUGACCUGCAGCCUCCCACGCCGCCCUGCUGAUGCUCCUCACCAAGAGCACUACGUGCUAUUCCAGCCCUUGGGCCUCUCCUGAGCUGAGACGUUCACAGCUGGCAGGGGGUUGUGAUGGGGACUGGACAGAACCACAGGUGCCUGGAGGCCAAAGCACUAAUGGGCUGCCCCACUUCACUUUCUGCCCCAGGAUUCUCAGGUUCCACUGCUUGCAAAAGACGGGAGCCUAGCUCGUGUUGGGAGUGCAGACUGGGAGCCAGUUUUCCCAGUUACUUGUCAGGAGAGGAGCCUUGGUGUACUGGCCCACCUGGGAGAGGCACAGACCCACCUGUGAGUGGGGAAACGGACCUCCCUGUCCACGUGCUGCUCUCGCCCAAGAGGGCGCCUGCUCCCUCCUAUGGGCCUCUUCAGUCCCAGGAGUGAGUGAGUUUUUAUGUGCAGACUCUCAUUCCCAGAGGCUCCACGUGGUGCCAUGCAUUGGGGUGCUUGUCGCUGCCUGAGUGAGCGUGCGGCCUGCAGCACUCCCAGCCCAGGCCCAGCUCUGCUGCCUCCAAGGCAGCUUGUGGUUCUCCCGUGCCCCACAGGGCUCAGGCCAUGCUUCAGAGGACCCAAAGUUCCCACCCCACUCCCAAGAAGCUGGUGGGCUCCACAGUGGUAACAGCCUCAGCCAGUCUGUGUGAUUAGCUACUCCCACGUGGAUAAAUCCUCAAGUUGUGUUCUUCUGGGUAAGGUUUGGAUAAAGAUGCGGAUAAAGGGACCAUCCAAAGCAGAUGAUGGGAAGGCUCUGGGAGCUGAAGGAGGAUUUGUAACCAGCUGCUAUAGGACCCAAGGCAGACGCAGUACAAGCUCCUCUUGACCUGUCGAUAUUCUCAGGGUGCCUCCUGCUGGGGGGUUCAGUGCUGGCUAGGAGGACGGUACCCCAAACUUCGACUCAAAUGCAGCUGCUGGAGAUACGCUCAAGGGUUGUGGAUUGUUCUAUCACCUUUGCACAAAGAGAGCAGUCAGGGCAAACUUCUUAUCUAUCCUGCAUCCCUCUCCACCCAGUGCCAGUUGCAUCCUUCAUGGCGCCUGGCCCAUCACCAGCCCCUCGGGUUGGAUCCUUCUACCAGGCAGAAGCUCCAAGGAAAGGGCAAUGUGUAAACACAUUCCUAUGGGCUGAAAGGAACCUCCAGCCCUGCAGUGUUUGUCUUGACCCCUAGGUGGGCAGCCAGGGGCAAGACGUGCUGGCCAACCCUGAAUGGCUGCUGGGUUUGUUACAAGCUGCAGGCCUUGCCCAGCUCACUGUUGAUAGAAAAGUCCCUUCGUUCUUUAUUCCUCAUGGGGGUUCAUGUGAUCCUGCCUGCAAUAAAAUAUCAUGCCAGUGUCAGCUGUAA